AUGAAGUUUAUCGUGCCUGUUUUCGCCUUGAUGGCUUCGUUCGCCGCCGCUACCGACCUGUCGGAAGCCACCGCCGUGUCUGCUGCGGAAGACGCGGUGUCGUCAGGGGUUGCCGCUGCUUCCGACGCCGAGUCCGCCGCGGUCUCGGCUGCUUCCGACGCUGAGUCGUCGGGGGCCGCCGCCGCUGAGUCCGUCGACUCCGCCAUUGCCUCGGCCACUGACUCUGAAGCCGCUGACGAGUCGUCGACCGCUGACGCUGACGAGCUGUCGGCCGCGGAAGAAGUGCUGUCGGUCGCCGAAUCCGCUGCUUCCGACGCUGCUUCCGCCAGUGCCUCAGCUGCUUCCGAAGCCGAAUCUGCUGCUGGCUCCGCCGCCUCCGCUGCUUCGUCGGCCGCUGCUAGUGGUGCUGACGGUGCUAACAGCGCCGACUCCGAAGCCGGGGCCGUUACUUCCUGCGCCGCCGCUGGUGUCCUCGGUCUCGCCGCGUUGAUGUUGCUUUAG